UCAGCUGAUAAAGCUCUGACCCGCUCGGUCAUUGUUUGUGUCGCGUCUCCUGCUGACCGGUACGAUGAGGGUUCCUGCUGCUGUUCGUGCUCGCUGCGUUAGCCCUGACCAACCACGCUCUCGUUCGAAUUCCGUUGAAGAAGUUCCGUUCCAUCAGACGAGAGCUGACCGACUCGGGGAAAACGGUGGAGGAGCUUCUGGCCGGCAAGCCGUCCCUGAAGUACAACUUGGCUUCCCCCCCGGUAGUGGACCCACUCCAGAGGCCCUGAAGAACUACCUUGACGCUCAGUAUUACGGUGAGAUCGGUCUGGGUACCCCCCCUCAGCUCUUCACCGUGGUGUUCGACACCGGUUCCUCCAACCUGUGGGUUCCCUCCGUUCACUGCUCCAUCCGAGACAUCGCAUGCUGGCUUCACCACAAAUAUAACAAUGGCAAGUCCAGCACAUACGUGAAGAACGGCACUGCCUUCGCCAUCCAGUAUGGAACGGGCAGUUUGUCGGGCUACCUCAGCCAGGACACCUGCACGAUCGGAGACCUCUCGGUGGAGAAGCAGCUGUUCGGUGAAGCCAUCCAGCAGCCCGGCGUGGCCUUCAUCGCUGCCAAGUUCGAUGGCAUCCUCGGGAUGGCCUACCCACGCAUCUCUGUGGACGGGGUGGCUCCGGUGUUUGACAACAUCAUGAGCCAGAAGAAGGUGGAGCAGAACGUCUUCUCCUUCUACCUCAACAGGAACCCGGACACGGAACCCGGCGGUGAGCUGCUGCUGGGAGGAACCGACCCCAAAUACUACACCGGAGACUUCAACUACGUCAACAUCUCCCGCCAGGCCUACUGGCAGAUCCACAUGGACGGGAUGGCGGUGGGCAGCCAGCUGACUCUGUGUAAGAGCGGCUGUGAGGCCAUCGUGGACACGGGGACGUCUCUGAUCACCGGUCCGUCUGCGGAGGUCAAAGCGCUGCAGAAGGCCAUCGGAGCCACGCCGCUCAUCCAGGGAGAGUACAUGGUGAAGUGUGACCUGGUCCCGUCUCUGCCCGUCAUCACCUUCAACGUGGGCGGCCAGGCCUACUCUCUGACCGGAGAGCAGUAUAUCCUCAAGGUGAGUCAGGCUGGAAAGACGAUCUGUCUGAGCGGCUUCAUGGGUCUGGACAUCCCCGCCCCCGCCGGGCCCCUGUGGAUUCUGGGAGAUGUAUUCAUCGGGCCCUACUACACCGUCUUUGAUCGGGAGAACAACAGGGUGGGCUUCGCUAAGGCCAAGUGAACACAUCCUGGAUCAGAGGCACACGUUCAAAUGAAAAGCUAAAUAUAUUGCGUUUUUGCGAGACAAAAGUCUGAACUGCACGUUUUCUGCUGCUUCGAGAUCAAACCGUGUUUAGCAAUAGGUUAUGUGUAGAGCCUAAAUGCACUGAUCACAAUAAUAUGUACGGUUACCAUCCGAGUGUGUGUAAAGAGUGGUGAUUUGAUAGGUUGUGUGACGGCUGAACAGAUCAGGGAUCAGUUGAUUGUUACAGUUCUGCCCUUUUUUUUUAAAACAUCCAAGUGAUCUUCUUUUCUUUUUUCUUUUUAAUCAGGGAUUUUAAAUUGUGUUUUAGGAGGAAGUUGUUCCUCUUCUACUGACUUUGAGAUGUAUCUUAAUAUGAUUAGCCUGAAUAAAAAGUUUUUUUUAAAA